CUCCUAUUGAGGUGGCCGUUAAUCACCAAUCCGAGACCAGUCCAUGUCACUCGUCUUGCCAACCAUCAAGGACCAUAAUGGAUCGAGUCCAUUCACAAGAGCGAGAGGCCAGCAGCAAAGAUGCCAUGCGGGGCCAUGGAUUUAGUUCCAACUCCCUCCACAUCAUCCCCUCUUUUCCACUCGCACACUCGCGGAUCCGGUUGCGAAUGUACCCAAUGAAAUGGACCUCACAAGUCUAGCCAACCAGUGAUGAUCAUCACCCUUCCUUCAGUCAAAGUUACUGCACGCGCUGCGGACGUCGACGAACAUGCCUCCUCCGUCAAUCCGGGCUCCAGACGUCGGCCGAGGAUAAUUCACAUCUUUCAUAUAUCCGCCCAAGACACCCCCGCCCUUUCGAAUGUUCUACACUACAGGUCUAUGAACAGGUUACUGCAGACUUUCAGUAAACACUCACAAGAGAGAUAGCAUACUAGCAAAUCUCGGUCCAGUGCGAUUGGCUUCUCAGAUCAAGGAUAGUGUCACCAUUCAAGAUGGCCAAAGUUGCAGCAUCAGCUGUUCCGAACCUCAAGUCCCAAAUCGAUGCCCUGACUUCCGACCCAACCGGAGCCCCGGGCGUCGUGUUCGCGGCGGUCAACAAGCAGGGCGAGCCGAUUUUCGAACAUGCUUCCGGUAAGAUCGGUGCUGGCAAGAGCCAAGCCAUGACCAUGGAGAAUGUCUUCUGGAUUGCGAGCUGCACGAAAAUGAUCACGGGCAUCGCGUGCAUGCAGCUCGUCGAGCAGGGGAAACUUGCGCUAGAUGAUGUCGAGUUGGUUGAGAAGCUUGCGCCGGAACUCAAAGCCGUCCAAGUCUGGGAGAAUGGCAAGCUUGUGCCAAAGAAAAGAGGCAUCACGUUGAGGAUGUUGCUUUCUCAUACUGCUGGCUUCGGCUACGCCUUCUUCGACGACCGCCUGAAUGACUGGGCCGGUCCAUUGGGCGUCGACGAAUUCUCUGGCUCGUACCACGACUACCUGUCGCAGCCCUUGGUUAACCAGCCCGGUGAGGCAUGGGAAUACGGAAUCAAUAUCGACUGGGCAGGGCAACUCGUCGAGCGCGUUUCCGGUAUGAAAUUGAACGACUACUUCCAGACGCACAUCUUCAAGCCCAUGGGCAUCACGCAUAUCAACAUGUUCCCAACGGACCAAAUGAAAGCGGAGCUGGCAUAUAUGAACUCCCGCGCGCCGGAUGGAAGUCUGUCGCUUAAUUUGGAUGGGCAUCUGAACAGACGGCCCCUGUAUGCGAAGACGAAAGAAGAGUUGGACACGACGUUCCAUGCCGGUGGAGCGGGCUGCUUCGCGCGUCCGAGCCAGUAUUGCCAGGUCAUUGCGAUGUUGUUGAAUGAUGGCGUGCAUCCAGGAACAGGGCAGAGGGUGCUCAAGAAGGAGACCGUGGACGAGAUGUUUACGAAUCAGAUCCCGAAUAUGCCCAACUUUGCACGACAGGGUAUAUCCCCACCGAAACCACACCUCUCGAAUGCCUUGCCCGAGAUCUACCCCGAACCUCACGACAUUCCGCAAGGGUGGGGCUUGACAUUCUUCCUGCACCUCAAGGACUCGGCUGUUCAUAGCGAGGGCACGGGAUGGUGGGCUGGUCUCCCGAAUCUAUUUUGGUGGGCUGAUCGGAAGAGGGGUAUUGGUGGCAUCAUUGCAAGCCAGAUCAUUCCGUUUGGUGAUCCCAAGAUCCUCGGCCUUUGGGCACAGAUUGAGGCUGGAUUGAUCCAGAAUUUGCAGUAGUUCUAUCCUUGGAUAUCAACACGGUACGACGGGGAGAGGGGACUACUCGUGUGGAUCAUGAUCAGAGGCACCAGAGUGAUUAUCGCUAUGUGAAGGCAGCGAUGUAAUUUGAUCUUAUACUCAAAAUCUUUGGUCAUGAAAAUAUGUGUGGUAUUUUACAUGGUCAAUCGACAUCCACAUGCUCACAUUGAGCACUGUAGAGAUCCACCUCAAGGAACUGUCUUACAUACUAUACAAACAGCCGCUCGAAGGGGAGAGAUGCUCUUUUGUUGGACCACCUGCCCGAGGGCUAACCGGAGAAGUCUAGCUGAUGAAUGACCUUGUCGUGGGAUGCGCUUUGAUGCAUCGAUUCCUCAUUCGCACUGGGUCGGUGACGGGAAGACGAGCAGGUCUCUCGGCGAAGCGCUCAAUCAAUGACCGUUCAGCAUGGGAAACCCGAUGUCGGAGACGUGGCAGACUUGCUCGGAGGGAUUGAUCGAGUCGGCCAAGGUAAACCAUCUAGUCAACAAUCUUGCCGUAGAAGGGGACGCCAAGUUGUUGAAGAAGGAGCCUGGCAUCCUUGUCGCAGCUGGCUGUUGUGUGAAUGGUAAUGUACAAGCCCUAAGCAAGUUAGUAAG